UCUGCUUUUUGAAAUAGGAAAAACAGAUUCUCAUGAUCCUGAUUCCUGCAAGUUUCCCUCUUUUUUCUCCAAAAUUCUCCUUGAACAUUCUCGAGAACCAAACAGAAAAAUAGAGUAAUCAAAGGAGAUGAAAUUCUAGAGAGAGAAGAAAUCCCAGGGUUGUUUUAGAGAGAAAGAUGGGAGGGUGUUUUUCAGAUGUGAGAGGAGGGAAACAGGCUGCAGGAGUGGGCCUGACGGGGCCCAGCAUGUCUCCCAUGCCCAUCAGCGACGCUACACUCAACGAUGCCGUUGACCAUUUCUUUCGAGCUCGACGCCUUCAUCAACUAUUCACGCAGGUCGAGGUGGUGCCUCCCGUACACUUCGUUGUUUUUUUCUGUAGCCAAACCCUAAUUUUCCUUUUCUUUUCGAUAUUGAAUGUUUUUUUUUUUCAGCCACACAUUGGGUCAAACCCUAACUUUUGUGAUUUUAUUUUAUUUUCUGCAACUGCAAAUCCUGCUGCUGCUGCAGUUGAAAGAGGGCACCUUUUAAAGAACGCUGCUUCUGUGCAUGGAGAACCUCUUCCUCGUCACACUACUUUUAUAAAUGAAGGAGAGUAUCUUACUUCACAUCUUGGUGCAAGACGCGAAUUGCCAUCUUCAAUCCCUGCUGCAACUGUAACUACUGCUUCUGCUUACCCAAGAGAUCCAUAUUAUAGCACUUAUUCUAGUGUACCUGUGGAUACAUAUCCACCACCACCAAGAAGAGAGGAAGUCAGGGCGGGAUCUUAUUUUCUUAGUGGCAGGGCAGAGCCCUACUUGGGUGAGACCGAUCGGAUGCGAAUGAGAGAGGCUGAUGCCCUGGAGAGGAUAUACUCAACCUAUGCUUCUGAUGCUCCAUUAAAAUAUGAUCAGAUACACCACUACCAGAAGGCCAGGCCUGAACCCGGGAAUGUCCCGGUUUCUUCUCUCUAUUCAUUUGCAGGUCCAUCAUCAUUCCGUCCUUGACCUGAGGUUGCAUCCUUCAUCCCCUUGUUCAAUAUGUUG